AUGGCCGAGCAAGAAUCUCUCAUCCCGACCGACAAGGAGGAAACCCCCAACUAUCCGCCUCCUGACUACAUAACCGCCGCCCGCGAACAUGGCCUCAAGUUGCGACAGUCGGCACCGCCAAGAAAAGGCCCGCAGCCUUUCGAUAUCCCAAUCAUCAAGUACCUCAAGACCCACCGUGUAAUCCUCGCAUCCGCCUCGCCGCGGCGGAAAGCCCUCCUUGCACAGGUUGGCCUCACGAAUCUCGAGAUCAUCCCUUCUACCAAGCCUGAGAAUCUGUCAAAGGAUUCGCUUGGUCCCUACGAAUAUGUAAACGCCACGGCAAGACAAAAGUGCCUCGAUAUAUACACUUCGCAAAUUGACGCGGGCAAAGAGCCAGAGGUGGUUAUCAGUGCCGACACCAUCAUUGUUACUCGCGAGGGCCGCAUCCUAGAGAAGCCGCCAAGCGAGGCGGCACACAUUCGGACACUGAAGCAGCUGAGGGAUUCCCGCUUCCACAAGGUCCUCACAGCCAUCUGCUGCAUGGCCCCCAAGGAAGACGCUGCGUAUCCUGGCUACGAGAUGGCCACCCACAUUGAGGAAACCAGGGUAUACUUUGCCAGCGAGAGCGACGGCCUGCCGGAUGAUGUUAUCGAAAGCUAUGUCAAGACGAGAGAGGGUGUCGACAAGGCUGGCGGUUACGCCAUUCAGGGCCUGGCUGGCAUGAUGCUCGUUGAAAAGGUGGAGGGCUGCGUGGAUAACGUGGUCGGCUUGCCAGUCCGGAAGACACUGCAAUUGUGUGAAAAGGUCGUUUUCCGGCAAGGCGAGGUUAGUGAGGGUGAGGACGACGACUAG